AUGCUGGUUUCGGGUUAUGCGCCCUCCGCAGAUGUGGUUGAUGCGAUUGGAUUCAUCGCCAGAGACCUCCGUUACCGUGCGUCGGUCAGACCGGGUGGAUUCUUUUGGAUCCUUGACCCUGUCAUGGGCGACCAGGGUCGACUUUAUGUGGCUGAGGAAAUCGUUCCUGCUUAUCGCCAGCUAGUUCGUGAGGCGGAUUUGAUCCUUCCAAAUCAAUUUGAGGCCGAGCUGCUGAGCGGUGUAAGCAUCAGUACAUUAACCGGAGUGGCGAAUGCCGUGAGGACAUUACACAAAACUUUUGGAACACGCCACGUGGUGAUCACGAGCGUAGGCGUGGGCUUGAAAGAGACUGGGUCACCUGGUGUUUUGACUGUGGUGGGCUCGACGAGGAAGGAUGACGGAACUGCCCGUCUGUUCAAGGUCGAGGUGCCUAAAUUGGACUGCUUCUUCAGUGGCACUGGUGACAUGUUUGCCGGCCUGAUGGCCGCGAGAUUAAGGGAGGCAGCAGCGGAUGCACAGCUCUUGGAUCGCCCCUCGUGGGCAUCAGAUGAUGAUGUGGAGGCACUUGACCUUCCUCUGGCAAAGGCAACUGUCAAGGUCUUGAGCAGCAUGCAGACCGUUCUGGAGAAGACGAUGAAAGUCAGGGACGAAGAAAUGCAAAGAUUUGCCUCCGGCAGCAUAGGUGGUACCGAUGGGGAAGCCGGUGGUGAUAGUGAAGCGAAAAGAAAAUAUCUUGCAGAAACAAAAGCUGCUGAGGUCAGGGUGGUCAGAUAUGCACGAGAUCUCCUGGAUCCAAAUUUGCGAUACCAAGCUGAAGUAUUGGAGGUUUGA